AUGAAUACGGAAUGGGAAGAGGAGGAAGACGACCCAACUUACAAGGAGGAAUCCACAGUGUUUAGCAGACUUCCUCCGGAACACGAAGCAUACAAACCAACCAAGCGCGCAGGGUAUAACCCCAAAGCAGAGCAUGAUUACACCUUGAGCUAUCGUCCUGAGGACAUGGCUGAAAAUUCAAAGUUCAUUCGAGAAAUCGCGUGCGCGGCCAUUGACAAAACGAAAUUACCACACAACGUGGGUAAAUACAACGGGUUGACGGACCCAGACGAUCACCUCCAGGUGUUUAAAGGUGCAGGAGCAACAGGCGGAUGGAACUUACCAACAUGGUGUCACCUGUUUGCUCAGACAUUCGUCGGCGCGGCGCGCAUUUGGUUUGACAACUUACCGGCCGGCAAAAUCAAAUCAUUGGUCGAUUUCCGAGAGAAGUUCCUAGCACACUUCUCUCAGCAGCGAAGACGAGCCAGAGAUCCGGGUGAUUGUUUGAACAUAUGGAGAAAAGACUAUGAAAGCGUAGAAGAUUUCAUUACAAGGUACAACAAAGAAUGUUUAGAGAUCGGAGACAUACCAGAAAAGAUGAUGCGCGCGCACUUCAUGCGAGCGGUCAAGUGCGACGAUCUGGUUAAAAGAAUCAAAGGGCGAGAUGGAGGACCCAAAGACUGGGAAACCUUCAUCGAAGCAGCCAAGACUAUCGCGCAGACAGACAGGCAACUGACCGGUGACGAUCACCGUCAGCGCGCGCACAACCAUAACGAUCGAAACAACAGAAGGGGCAGCAAUCAACCCUGGAAGGCUUCUGGGCACAGAGAGAGAAGCCCCCCACGGGAUGAUGCACGCCAUACGAUCAACCAGAUAGCCCAUCGAAAGGAAGUGAAGCGCGAAAAUAGAGAAAAGCAGUGGACUCCACUGACCAAAACACCUUCUGAAGUCCUGGCCACAGAGAACCAUCAGUUCAAACCACCCUUGCAAAUGCGCAACAAGAGAGGCCAAGACCCAAAUCUCUUCUGUGAAUUCCACAAAGAUACGGGCCACUUAACCGACGACUGUUUCAGUCUAAAGCAAGAAAUCGAGAGAGCCCUGCGAGAUGGGAAGCUCACUCAUCUGGUCAAAGGCGGAAAGCGCGACUACCGCCAAAUACAAAGAAGAGACGAGGGACCAGAUAACAAAAAGCCCAGAAAGCUAGAAACCCACAUGGUGCAAGGAGGUCCACGAAGACCAAGGAAAAACUACAACAAGCGCGCGCAAGAUGAUUCAUGGCGCGAAAGGCAAGUUAUUUUUCCAGUUGUUAGAGGGGGUCCAAGAGAAAAGCGACCAAUAAUCAUUCCGGGUGUGGUUGGCCACUACCAGACAGAUUACAUCUUCAUUGAUCCCGGGAGCACCGCGGAUAUUAUAUAUGAACAGUGCUUCAAUCAAUUUGAUCAAGAGGACAAGGCGCGCCUAGAGCCAGUCGACUAUCCACUAACUGGUUUCUGCAACGAGGCCGUCUUUCCCCUGGGACAAAUAUCAUUUCCGGUGUUGCUUUCAGACGGGAGAAAUUCAAGAACUGAAGAAGUCACAUUCAUGGUAUUGCCGGCACACUCAAGACAUGACAUCCUCCUGAGAAGAGAAUCCCAAGGAGAUUUCAGUAUGAUCUGCUCUGCACCACACUCCGCUGUCGGAUUCCCCACCGAAACAGGCAUUGCGCUGAUAUAUGCCAGUAAGGAAGUUUUAGCAACGGACGAAAUUAGACCAGCCAAAGCAAGCAAGCCAGCACCGCGCAUAGAGGCGGAAAAAUGGGUAUUGAACAGCGCAUACCCAGAACAAACGGUCACUCUGGGGCCCGCCAUGUCCGACCUGACGCGCGCGGCGCUCAAGAAAUUACUGCACGACAACAUGGACGUGUUCGCCUGGACACCGGCUGAUAUGGUUGGCGUUCCACGGAACAUAGCCGAACACCGUCUAAAUGUCUCAGAAGACGCAAAGCCAGUGGUGCACGCCAAACGCCACCUAGGCGACAUCAAACACGAUGCCAUGAAAGAACAAGUACUAGAGUUGCUAAACGCAGGAAUCAUUAGGGAAGUCCGGUACCAAACAUGGGUAGCAAGCCCAGUAAUGGUAAAGAAACCGAAUGGUAGUUGGAGAAUGUGUGUUGACUACAAGGAUCUGAACAAAGCAUGUCCCCGUGACUGCUACGCUUUACCAGACAUAGACGAGAAAAUAGAUUCUUUGGCAACAUUUCGGUGGAAAUGUUUUUUGGAUUGCUACAAGGGGUACCACCAGGUCCAAAUGGUCGUUCAAGACGAGGAUAAAACCGCAUUCCGCACACCAACGGGGCUGUAUUGUUACACCAAAAUGUCGUUCGGCUUAAAGAAUGCAGGCGCAACAUACCAAAGACUGAUGAACGAAACAUUUAGUGAUGCCAUUGGUAAGUACAUAGAAGUGUACAUGGAUGAUCUGGUAAUCAUGAGCAAGGAAGAGAGCGCGAUGCUGGCAAAUAUCCAAAAGACCUUCAACACGCUGCGCAGCGUAAGUAUCAAACUGAACCCAGCAAAGUGCUCAUUCGGAAUGGAAGAAGGGAAGUUCUUGGGCUUUAUAGUCACAAAAGACGACUUCAAGGUAAAUCCAGAGAAGGUCCAAGCCAUAGAAAGAAUGCCUUCACCGUCAAACAUCAAAGACAUGCAGAAGAUAGCAGGACGAUUAGCAGCACUCAAUCGUUUUCUAGCUAACCAUGCUGCAAAAUCCUUCCCAUUCAUUAAGACGUUGCGCAACUGCAUGAAGAAAAGCCAGUUCCAAUGGACUCCGGAAGCAGAAACUUCCGAUAGGGCAGUCGGGGCCGUACUGCUCGUUGAUCGUCAAGGUGUCCAAACACCUGUAUAUUACGUAUCUCGAACCUUGACCGACCCAGAAACCAGAUACGCAAUCAUGGAGAAGCUUGUCCUUGCACUGAUCCACGCGUCAAGAAGGCUGCGCAGAUAUUUCGCUAAUCACGUCAUCCACGUGCUAACAAACUACAAUAUCGAAAAUAUCCUAGCAAGGCCAGAAAUAUCGGGAAGGUUGGCCAAAUGGGCAAUAGAGCUAGGGGGACACAAUGUGGUUUUCAGACCACGUCCAUCGAUCAAGAGCCAAGUCUUGGCAGAUUUUAUGACAGAAGUCCCAGACGACAAAGACAGAGAAUGUAAGGCGAUGGAGAAAGCUGAGAAAAAACAAACAGAAGAGCCAUGGCUACUGUACACAGAUGGUGCAUCUAACGAAGAUGGGGCAGGCGCACAGCUAAAGCUAGUAAGCCCUGACAAACACGAGUUCACAUACGCCAUACGCCUAGACUUCAAGAGCACAAACAAUGAAGCGGAGUACGAAGCCUUUCUGGCCGGCUUGCGUUUGGCAAUCAAAAUGGGGGUCCGACACAUCGAAGCACACGUGGACUCCAUGUUAGUAGCAGGCCAAAUCAACGGCCAGUAUGAAGCCAAGGGCGACAUAAUGGCACUAUAUCUCAACCAAGCAAAGACGUUGCUACAAACCUUCUAUUCCUACAAGGUGCAUCACAUAAACCGCAGCGAAAACAAGUCGGCAGAUGCUUUAAGCAAGCUUGCGUCAACAAGUUUCCAGCACCUAGCAAAGGAUGUGCGCAUAGAAGUUUUGAGCAACCCAUCUGUUCCACUCAGAGAAGUAAGCGUCAUCCAAACAGGAACCACGUCCUGGAUGACACCCAUAAUCAUGUACUUACAGUCCGGGAUACUUCCAGAAAACAAAGCUGAGGCGCGAAAGAUCCAAUACAAAUCAGAACAUUAUCAGAUGGCAGACGGGAUACUGUAUCGGAAGUCAUAUCUCGGCCCGCUGCUAAGAUGUGUUGACGCCGACGACGUGAAUUAUCUGAUCCGAGAAGUACAUCAAGGCAUUUGUGGUAUCCAUGCCGGGCCGCGAAUGGUAGUGGCAAAAGUAAUGAAUGCCGGAUACUACUGGCCCGGGAUGCAUCUUGAUGCCGUGAAAGAAUUGAGAAAAUGCAGUGGCUGCCAGAGGCACGCGCCAAAGACCAUGCGCCCCAAGAACGAACUGGUGCCAGUAACGACCGCAUGGCCUUUUCAGCAAUGGGGCAUAGACAUGGUAGGCCCUUUCCCAGAGGCUCCAGGAGCAGUCAAGUUUAUAAUAGUCGCGGUUGAUUACUUCACCAAGUGGGUAGAAGCAAAAGCCCUCGCAUCAACCACAUCGGCAGUCGUUAAACGAUUCAUAUGGGAGCAAAUCAUAUGCCGGUUCGGCUUACCCCUCAGAAUCAUCACCGACAACGGAACAAACUUUGCAGCAGAUGAUCUCGAACGAUGGUUCAAAGAACUGAACAUCGAACAUACCUUCUCUUCGGUUGCUCACCCGCAAGGGAACGGUCAAGUCGAAGCAGUCAACAAGAGCAUCGUCGAUGGCAUAAAGGCAAGGCUCGGUGAAAAACGACGAGGUUGGGUCGAUGAACUACCCAGCAUGCUAUGGGCCCAUAGAACAAUGCCAAAAACAAGCAAUGGCGAAACGCCUUUCAGCUUGGUCUAUGGGUCUGAAGCAGUGAUCCCAGCAGAAAUCGGGCUACCAUCUCCAAGAAUGCUCUCCAUGAACCUAAUCAACAACGACGAAGAACGGAGGAUCGACCUGGACCUCCUAGAAGAACGGAGGGAGACGGCAGCAAUCAACGAAGCCAAGUACAAGUCAAAGCUGGAAAAAUAUUACAACUCCAGAGUCCGAAUCUGCACCUUCAAUCCGGGAGAUUAUGUCCUAAGAGACAACGAAGCGUCCAACGCAGAAAAACGCGGAAAACUGGCUCCCAAAUGGGAAGGCCCAUACAUAGUCGAUGCAGUACUCGGCAAAGGAGCCUACAAACUACGCACCAUCACCGACAAAGAGGUUCCACGAACCUGGAAUGCCCAACAACUCCGAAAGUGCUACAUGUAA